GUGCUUCCCACCACACCUUCUGCCUGUGCUCAUUGAUCCCUUUCUCUGUGCUCCCUGCUCCCUUUCCCAAUCUUCCUUCCCCUGUGCCUGCAGUGUGCCUGCGGAUCCAGAUCAACCCCCAGAACAAAGGGGAGUUCCAGGGCAUUUCCCCCGAGAGAGCCUUCGCUGAUUUCCUCUUUGCCAACACCAUCCUGCACCUUGUGGUCAUCAACUUCGUGGGCUGA